CAAGAGCUCAGCUCAGUGUUUUAGAAAUGCCAAGUCUCUCAAUCUGGGGCCCCGGACACGUCUAUCACAUGGGUUGGCCGUAAUGGACACCAUGAACUCCUUUGAUUGCACUGUCCAUCACGAGACAAAUGGUCCGUCAGGUACUCGGUGAAGGUGUUGCCCGAUGUUAGGCUAUUCUUUCCUGCGUAGUUAUAAUCGCACUCGUGGGCGUCCGCGAGGGUUAUCACUCCCAACCCCCCUCCAGCUUGAGCUUGACAUACACUAGGCAGACAUGGAACGCGUCAAACAGUUUGCAUCGCAGCUCUCAGGUUCUUCCAAGGGCGUUGCUGCGUUGGAGAGGAAGAGUCCAGACGAUGUUGUCAUUACAAUGGCUGUCCGCUCGCCGUUGUGUAAGGCCAGGAAGGGGGGCUUCAAGGAUGUCAAGAGCGAUGAACUCUUGACUGAGAUGUUCAGGAAAGCUGUCUCAACCUCGAAGGUCGACCCGUCCCUCAUUGGCGACAUCUGCGUUGGAACCGUCCUCUCACCCUCUCCAACCUAUGAAGCUCGAACUGCUGCCAUAGCGGCCGGCAUUCCGGAAUCCGUCCCUGUGCAGACAGUCAACCGUUUCUGUUCGAGUGGAUUAAUGGCCGUUACCAUCAUCUCGAACCAAAUCAGGGCCGGACAGAUUGACAUUGGCUUAGCAGUUGGUGUUGAUAGCAUGUCCGCAAACCCCGACAAUGGAGCGCCGGCGCUGAACGAAGAAAUUAUGAGCAAUCCCGCAGCCAAUGACGCUACAAAACCCAUGGGCUGGACUAGCGAGAAUGUAGCCGGUGAUUUCAAGAUUUCGCGGGACGAGAUGGACGAGUUCGCUGCUAUAUCUUUCCAGCGCGCUGAGGCCGCGCAGAAGGCAGGAUAUUUCGAUAAGGAGAUCGUCCCAUUCGACGUGCCUACCAAGGACCCUGUCACCGGCGGACGUACAAAAGUUCAAGUAACGAAAGACGACGGUAUCCGGUACGGCACCACGAAAGCAACUCUCGGGAAGGUUAAACCGGCAUUCCCGCAAUGGCCGCCUUCUCAGACUACCGGUGGCAAUGCCAGCCAAAUCACAGACGGUGCUGCCGCCGUCAUGCUCAUGUCCAGGCGGAAAGCGGAAGAGCUUGGAUUGCCAAUCCUGGCCAAGCAUGUCACGACGUCUGUGGCAGGACUUGCUCCACGUGUGAUGGGAAUCGGACCGACAUAUGCCAUCCCAAUGGCCUUAGAGCGGGCAGGAAUAACCAAGGAUGAUGUAGACUUGUUUGAGAUCAAUGAAGCGUUCGCCUCGAUGUACGUGUACUGCGUUCGCAAGCUGGAACUUGAUAUAGGUAAAGUCAACGUCAAUGGAGGGGCAAUCGCAUUGGGACAUCCUUUGGGCUGUACAGGUGCCCGUCAAGUCGCAACGGGCUUGAAUGAACUGCAUCGCAGGCAAGGCAAGGCAAGUUCCACAUCUCGGCCUUUUCUCGCCUGCUAGGGUAAUUUCAUGACAGGUUCUGGUCACGUCCAUGUGCAUCGGGACAGGGAUGGGCGCUGCCGCUGUCUUCGUCCGAGACUGAGGCUGAGAAUUGCUUCUAGUCGUGCUGGAGUUCGUGCUUUCCAUGAUGUACUAUAUUACGAGACCUCAGGCCUAUGAACGAGUGUUGCAAA